AAUGCAAACAAACAGUUUUGACAACAAAUCUGAUCCCAAACUCGUGUUUCAUGUCUUCAGAUGUUUGCCAAAAGAGCUCUCAAUUUAAUCACUUCUUCGCAUUUAAUGCGACAGUCGAGACGAUUAUUGGCCACGAAGUUAGGCAUCGCUGGCGUCAAGAAUGUGGUCCUCAUAUCGUCGGCCAAAGGAGGUGUCGGCAAGUCGUCCACUACUAUAGGCUUGGGAACAGCUCUCAAACAUCUCUAUCCGAGUUUACAAAUUGGUAUUCUUGACGCCGACGUCUUCGGGCCAUCCAUUCCGCUGAUGAUGGCAUUGGAUGGACAGCCGGAGGUCACCAAACAGAAUCUGAUGAAACCGUUGACUAAUUUUGGCAUAAAAUGUAUUUCAAUGGGUUUUUUGAUGGAAAAAGAGUCGGCAGUGGUUUGGAGGGGUCUAAUGGUUAUGUCCGCCAUUCAGAAGUUGCUGUUUGGUGUCCAAUGGGGACCAUUAGACUACCUGCUGAUAGACAUGCCUCCCGGCACCGGCGAUACACAGCUAUCGAUCGCUCAAAGCAUACCAAUAAGCGGUGCAAUUAUAGUGACAACACCUCAAGACAUAGCGCUAAUGGACGCCCGAAGAGGCGCCACAAUGUUUGCCAAAACAAAAGUUCCCGUUUUGGGUAUUAUUCAGAAUAUGAGUGUUUUUGUGUGCGAAAAGUGUGGUCACGAGUCACACAUAUUUGGCCAAAACGGGGCCAAACGGUUGGCCGAAGAGCUCAAUAUAGAUCUGUUGGGUGACAUUCCUCUGGAUAUAAAGAUGAGGGAGUGUUGUGAUAGCGGACAGCCUAUUGUGUUAACGCAUCCGACGAGUAAAUGCAGUGAAAGUUUGUUACAAAUCGCAGACAAACUGCACGAAAAGUUAGCCAAAAAUGAUUUAACAAAAAACAAUUUACAGAAUUAA